CAAGGGAAAAUUGCAAACGGCACCGCCUGUUGAAUCUGUUUGUAAUUAAUUCAGCUAAUUAAUCUACUUAUAUCAUGUAUUGUAAUUAUCUCAAGUUAAUGAACCAUAUUAUUUUUACUCUGAUCAUUCUUAAUUUUUCUGUUCCUCUUUAAGUCAGAAAAACUCGUUCCUUCGAUUGUCACCUUGGAACAACAUUGUCCACUUUACUUCUUUGCGUGAUAAACAUUCCCGAUUUAUUAAGACUAAAAGUACACACAUUUUUCUUUCGCCUACAUCGAUUUUACACUGCCGUACCUCUUCUUGUUUACAGAUCUCUCCAUUGUAACUUGUAGAGUAAUGCCAAUCUCAUAAGAACGUUUGUUACCAAUCGUAUAUAGACGCUCUAUAUUUUAUGGACGACAGAACAUCAUUAAAUUGUGAAUUAAUCAGCGAGAAACAUUCUAGCAGUGAGCAGAAAAAUGUAUCUACCUUGGAAAUAUUCCACACAUGUAAACAGAGAUGUGCAAUAUCGAAAGGGACGAAGUGAGCGACGGUAGAUUAUACCUAAAGACAAUUUUCAGCUUUUGAGAAUUAAUAUGGAGAACGUUACACAGACUGGCAGAGGUGAAGAACCAGUACAUAACGAAACAUUUACUAAAAAAAGAUCAUUACAGGAAAAUAUUACUGAAUAUAGAUGUGAUGUUUGUAAGAAAAAAUUAUCAUCAGAACAUGAAGUCUUGAAGCAUAAAGAAAUACAUUGGAAGAAGAGGCCCUUCCACUGUGAAAUAUGUGGUAAAUGUUUCAUUAAGAAGCCUCAUCUUGUAUCCCACAUACGUAGUCACACUGGAGGACGAUUCUAUCACUGUGAGAUAUGUGGGAAAUCGUUUCUUUCUAAACAGGAUUUAAACAGACACAACAAAGGACAUACUGGAGAAAAACCUUUCCACUGUGAAAUUUGUGAGAAAUGUUUUCUUUUUAAAUAUGAUUUGAACAGACACAAGAGAACUCAUUCUGGAGAAAAACCAUAUCAUUGUGAAGUGUGUGGUAAAUUCUUCUCUGACAAUUCUCAUCUUGUUGUCCACAAGCGUAGUCACACUGGAGAAAAACCAUAUUCUUGUAAUAUAUGUGGGAAAUCAUUUUCUGUUAGUGGGAGUCUUGUUAUUCACAAACGUAUCCACACUGGGGAGAAACCUUUCCAUUGUGAAAUUUGUGGGAAAUCUUUUGUUUGUAAUAGUUAUUUGACAAGACACAAACGGACACACACUGGAGAAAAACUCUUUUCUUGUGAAAUUUGUGGAAAAACCUUUAUUAAUAAUUCAUGUCUUGUAAAUCAUAAACGAAUGCACACUGGGGAGGAACCCUUCCACUGUGAGAUAUGUGGGAAGCAUUUCAGUAAAAACUUUCAUCUUGUAUCCCACAAACGUAGUCACAGUGGAAAACAACCCUUUCACUGUGAGAUUUGUGGGAAAUCGUUUUUUACUAAAAAUUGUUUAGACAGGCACAACAAAACACACACGGGGGAAAAACCCUUUCAUUGUGAAAUAUGUGGGAAAUCUUUUAUUUCUAAAAGUCAUUUAAACUUGCAUAACAAAACACAUACUGGAGAAAAACCAUAUCAUUGUGAUAUAUGUAGUAAAUCUUUUCUACAUCAAUAUAAUUUAAACAGGCACAAGAGAACACACACUGGAGAAAAACCUUAUCAUUGUGAAGUGUGUGGUAAAUUCUUCUCUGACAAUUCUUCUCUUUUAGUCCACAUGCGUAGACAUGCUGGAGAAAAACCAUAUUCUUGUAAUAUAUGUGGGAAAUCCUUCACUGUCAGUACAAGUCUUGUUAUCCACAAACGUAUUCACACUGGAGAGAAACCUUUCCACUGUGAAAUUUGUGGGAAAUCUUAUGCUGAUAAUAGCUAUUUGACAAAACACAUACGUUGUCACACAGGAGAAAAUUCUUUUCACUGCGAAACAUGUGGGAAAAGUUUUAUUGAUAAUAGCAAUUUAAUAAAGCACAAACGAACACACACGGGAGAGAGACCUUUCCGCUGUGAAACCUGUGGAAAAUGUUUUACCCGUAAUUUCAGUCUUGUUGUUCACAAACGUAUUCACAGUGGAGAAAGACUUUUCAGUUGUGAUAUAUGUGGAAAAUCUUUUAGAACUAACAGUGUCUUGAAAACACACAAGAAAACACAUCCUGGAAUGAACCAUUUGGACUAAUUUUAAAUUUACAGUCCAUUUAUAGAGAGCCAGGGGACAAACAUUUUAUCUUCAUUAAGUAUUUUGGAAGUCAUUCUCCUUGUGUUCUCGUCUUUAUUUAAGAGAGACUAUUUCAUUAAAUCCACAUGUUUGUUGCUUGCUGGACUUGCUAUUAUGACAUACUUCACUUGUACUUAUACACACAUACAUAUACUCAGAGUUGAAACUCUGAUUUUUUAUUUCAGCAUUGAAUGUUCACCAUUCCACUUCCAUUGCACACACACACACACACACAAACAUUCACAUACCUCCCUUUUACAUAGGAAAUUAAAAAUAGUUAAAAUGUUUGAUUUGGUUUUUUUUUCUCUCACAGUAGAAUUUCCAUCUUCCCACUACCAGUUUGCCAUCACCCCUUCCUUCCUUAUUCAUCUAUCACCCCUUCCUUUCUCAUUCAUAUGUUGUGACAGAGAAAAACACAAGAGUAGAUAAACACUGGUCGAAAAAAGUUAACAGUAUUUUCAAUGUGAAAUAUGUGGUGAAUUGUUCUGUGUAUAGAAAGUCUACACUUGAAGUUAACAUGUGAAUACAGACUGGAGAUAGAAAUUGUCAUUUUGAGAUAUGCUGGAAAUGAUUCUCUGAAUUGUAGCUCUGUAAAUCACAAAGAAACCCAAGAAGUUAACCCUUUUUGUUACCAUAUUUAUGUUGAAAUAAAAUAUAAUUUCGUUUUUACCAUU